AUGCCUGCUAUUCUUCUUGGCCAGGCUUCUCAUCCUCCAUCCUUCCACAACGACCGGGACGGCCUAGCUUUUGAAGCCCUGUGCGACGAAAUUGAACAAGCAGACAUUGCAGCGGAUCAAGCUCUCCGAAACCAGCAGCAUGCAACAGAGGAAGACGAGGGCUCCAAGUUUGACGCCGACAAAGACAAGACGCAGUUUCGCCAGUAUGAAACUGCAUGUGACCGGGUCAAGAACUUCUACCUCGAGCAACAUACCAAGCAGACAGUUGCAUACAACCUCAAAGCUCGCCACAACUUCCACGCCAAAACCCGCGCCGAGAUGUCUAUCUGGGAAGCCAUGGAGCGUCUCAACACCCUCAUCGAUGAGUCUGAUCCCGACACAGAGCUUGGACAAAUCGAACAUCUGCUGCAAUCUGCUGAGGCCAUGCGUCGCGAUGGGCGGCCACGCUGGAUGCAGCUCACCGGUCUGAUCCACGAUCUUGGAAAACUCUUAUUCUUCUUCGAUGCACAAGGUCAGUGGGACGUUGUUGGAGAUACUUUUCCUGUGGGCUGUGCUUUCGACGACCGCAUCAUUUACGGCAACAAGUCAUUCAGCGCCAACCCCGACUUCGAGCACCCCAUCUACAGCACCAAAGAGGGCAUCUACUCACCUGGCUGUGGCCUCGACAACAUCAUGCUGUCCUGGGGCCACGAUGAGUACCUUUACCAUGUGGUCAAAGAUCAAUCGACGCUUCCUGACGAGGCAUUGGCCAUGAUCCGCUACCACAGCUUCUACCCGUGGCACCAACAAGGCGCGUACCGAGAGUUCAUGAACGAGAAGGAUCACGAGAUGCUCAAGGCUGUUAAGAAGUUCAACCCGUACGAUCUGUACAGCAAGAGCGACGAGAGACCCAGCCCGUACUACCUCGAUCUGAUUGACGAAUUCUUCCCGAAGAAGGUCAUCAAGUGGUAG